GGGCUGGGAGGGCUCGGCGCUGCCUCUUUGCUCCUGGCGGGAGGCGUUUGUGAGACUGCGGGCAGCUCGGCGUGCCCCGCGCCUGCCAAGCGUUUGCCUCGCGUCCUGCGUAAUUGACGCUCUGGCACGCUGCUGCUUCACCUUCUCGAGCUGAAAUAUUAAACAGUAGUAGGAGUCGCAGGCGGUAAACAAACCGGGAGUCAGCGCUGCCUCCUCCCAGCGGCUGCCCCGGAGGAUGGGGUCGCGUCGUGGGGGCUUCCAGAGCCACGUCUUCCUGCAGGAAUCGCCCGGGACAGGCGGCUCUGGAAGCUCCCCGCUCCACACAACACUCCGACUAGAAAGAAUAAAGCCAGACACUUGCUUAUUAGUUGAAUUUAUGUUGCUUGCCUUGCCUGGGACAGUCAGUACAUGACCUCAAGGUGUGGAUAAUGGAGGUAAUAAUAGUCCGAUCUGAAGUAAGCAGCAAAUGUAAAAUAAUUAGGGAUCUUGACCUCCUCCUUCUGAGAACAAAUGUCCGUCCGCGGUGCGCCGAAGACACCGAAGAAGACCGUAGGUUCUUUUAUUCUCCUGUAGAGGUCUUAUAAUUAAGGCUUCUGGGAGCGAAGUUGAGAUAUUUGAACAUUAAAGGGUAGGGAGGGAUUUCUCAAACUUAGAAUUUCUGGGAGAAAACUUCCAGCGCUUGCUAAAUAAUUCAAACAGUUGGAGAGAAAUCAGAUUGCAGUAAGUGCAUAAACAGGAGGUCUCCGCGUAGCUGUACGGGGCCCGCUGUGGCAAAGCAUGUCGUUUGUCUUUGGAAGAGGCUGGGCACUUGCACGGCUUUCCCAAGGACACCUGUGCUUCCAAACCCCGGUGUUCACGCUCUCUUUUAAACCAAACUUUUGCAGCUGCCAGAACCGAGCCUGCCUGGGAACGCCCGCCCGGUGCCGCUGGGUUUUGCCACCGAGGGCACCGGCACCGGGUGGGUUCUGGCGCUCCGGGAGCGGGGAGCUUCGUUUCCAGGCUCCUGCAUGGGCAAAGGGCCCCGUGCACCGCCUGGGGGUGGCCGUGGGGUGGUGUCCCCAUCCUCGAGUUGCCCUCGCUGGGUUUUUACAGGUUUGGUUUGCUCAGAGCUCCUCCUUCCUUUCUCAGCCACCCUGCCCGUCACUAGGAGAUGGGCACGGUUAAAUAAGAUCCUUUGUCGGGUGAACUCCAACAGCGGCUGCUUACACGAGUCCAGAGAACAGAAAUCCUCUCGCCCUGCCCAAGCCCUUCUGGAAAGCUCAGAGGGGUCGGGCCAAGACCUGGAGCUGUGGUGCUGAGCCACAUGGCUCAUGGUCAGCGGCACCACCGAUGGGUGCACGGGGAAGGGCCAAAAAGCUCCUGCGAGGGCCUGCUCUUUGCAGUCCGGGAGGGGUUUGGGUUUGCUUCAGAGAAACCUCUGGACUUGUGUGUGUGCUUAUCCGAGUCGGGAUGCAAACCAUCUCGCGCUGGAAUGGAAAUAUUUAUUUUAGACCGUCUUAUUAUAAAGUCAGAUUUCCCUGCCAGGCCUUCUGGAGGGCUGGAGCUGGGCUGCGUACCUCUGCAGAUAUGUACUUUAUUUGAAAGCUGGCUUUAUUGACAUAAUAGCACUUAAAUUGGUACAUGGCUCUCGGAUGCGAUAGGCGGGCGUGUUAUAAAGGAUUGUGUGGAACCAUUGGAUUGUGGAUAAACAUAGCAAAACAACCCUGCAAAACGAUGAUGUGACUGUGCUGUUGGUUUGCUCUGUACAAUGCCUGUGUUUAAAAAUACCCAGGCCUGACAAAAUGGGGUUAGAAUGAGGCUUCAGCCUUAGGUCUGAAUUUUUCCCAGGUUUUAUGAGCCAGGCGGAUUUUUAGUGGGACCUGCAGCGGGGAAAACAGCUGGGCUGGGCUGAAAGGAGUGGGUCCCGGGGAGCCCCAGUGAUGCUGGGGAGCGCGGGGCAGAAGAACUGAAAGGAAGGGCAGCACUUUAAUUGCUUUUUCUUUUCUUUUUUAAUUUUAUUUUACAUUUCUUUGAGUCUAGUCGAAUGAAAUGACAGAAGCAAAAUGCAAACAUUCCGCUGAAAUAUAAAAAUAAAAUAAAACUUUAUCAGGAAAAUAAACUGCAUUGGAGGUUCCCCAGCGAACCUAACGGCCAGAGAGCUCCGCACCGUGCUGCAGUCAGCCCUGGGUUUGAGCCGGGGGCUUUUUGCCACCUGAGCAUCCCUCGGGGUCUGCAGCACCUCGGGAGGUCGAGGCAGGGCCGAUGGCCUCCCGCUGUCACCGGGCUUAAACAAGUUUGGAUGGAAACACCUAAAGGGUGUGUGUGGCGCAGGGCUCUUCUUAAUCGAGCCUGUGCAGAAAUUGAGAAAUAGGUUAAGCAUGCUAAAGAGGGUGAGGCUGUUGGUUUUCUCUACCUGACUUUAUUUGCGAAGUGACAGGAAUUUUGACAGCCUUUGUGUCUUUUUUAGCAAAUCAAGUGUCAUGCCAGGUUUGCCUGUGGAUGAGAUCAUUUGCAAAAUAUGCUUCCCAGCUUGCUUCAGGCAUAAUUCAUUGUGUCAACUGCAAUUGCUCAUUUGCUAGGAACUGUGAUUCAUUAGCGAUUUUUUUUAAGUUCAACUUGUUUUUAAGCAAAUGUUUGGAGGCAGAACAGAAAAUUGAAAAAAAAAAAAUACAUUAAAUCCUACAGCGUUUGUACCCACAAAUGCUGCCAUUAAGGGAAAACUUGUUAACGUGACACGAUCCCGGGCAGGGAGAAGCAGUCCCGGGGAGAGCUCAGCUGGGCGGCGUUGCGCUCCUUUUUGUCAUGUGAUGGCUCCUAAAUGGGGACGGAGGUAAUAAAAAUCAUCCUGCGGGGACAGCCUGUGCCGCGAGGAGCUGCGGGUGGAUGGAGGGAGCUCGCCGGGCUCCCUUCCUCUGCCGGAGGCGUCUCGGUGGGCUGAAGCCCCUGGGGACAGCGGCAGGACGGGCGCCUGCAGCUGCUCGCAGGACUUGGGCCAUGCGCGUGCCGAGCGCGGUCGUUUGUUCGCUGCGGUGACGGAGACCCUCCGAAGCUCGCCGCCCCUUGAAAUGAAGAUAAAUAGCUCUUGGCACGGGCUCGGUGCUCCAUGUGCUCCCAGCGCUGCUUGCAGGCAGCCUGCUUCUGCUUCAGCCUUUUGCAGGUCCUCGCGUCAGACUUUUUUCUUUUUUAAAUUUGCAUGUCAAGUACAUUUUUAUGUUUCGUUUCCUAUCAAGGCAAAUAUUUCAGUGCAUUUUUUCCCUUAGGUGGGUGGAUGGGGCGGAGAAAUCGCUGCUGCUGCUGCUUCAGCAGCCACCAGCUGCCCUCCAGUAACAAACCGGCGUGGGGGGGCUGCAUAAAUGGGUGCGGUUUUCAGAAAAAAAGACGGAUUUUCAAACUUCUGGGCGAUUCCGAUCUGUCCACUUAAACACAAGUAACUUGGCAGGUCCGACCCCAUCCUGAUGCAAUGAUUCUCUACAGGACAGUCUUGAAAUGUGCUUUUUCCUCGCUCUCCCCUCCCGGUGAAGCUUCCUGACGUGCCGGGUGGGGGGAGCGUGGGGUGGCUGCGUGCCCGGCGCUGCCGGCCGGCCGCCGAGCGCGGCGCCAGGAGCAGGCGGCAGCAGCGCGGCGGGGAGGUGGCCCCGUCGGGGUGGCCAUAUAUAGGCACCGGGGCGAGAUGCAGCGCCUCGCCUCGCCGUCACCCCGCCGAGAUACGGCCGGCAUCGGGAUCUGUAAAUCACGAGGGAAAAAGGGAGGAAAAAUCCUCCUUCCUCGCGGCGUCCGAUUUGUGGCGGUUGGGGCUCUUCGAGAUCCGUCGGGCCGGGGGAGGAGACGGAUGUGUUUCAUCCCGGGGUGUCUGGAGCUGGAAUUUCGGCAGCAGGUUGAGGAAUAGCGUGUGUGAAGCGUUGCGAGUUAAAUAUGACCGAGCUUGUGCUUCGUCAGGCUCGUGGGCCCGAUGGCAGCGCAGUUGUGUGGAAAGGGUCCUGUGUUCUGGUGCCAGCGCUGGCUGGGCUCCACGAGCGCGUUCGUAUCAUGAUAUCCACUGGGGAAGCAUAUGGCAGCCUCGGUUAUAUAUAUUGUGUGGGGGUACAUAUUUCACAUGCCAGUUCUCGCUGUCAUAGGACAAACAUUUACGCUCCGAUUAUAUGAGGCAUUAGAAAAACAAGAGCAGGGUUGGAGAAUACCAUAAUUUCCUGCAGAGAUGUUGCAAAAGACGCUGUUCAGCGAAGAUACAGCAGUGGCAAAACCGAGGAGCGAUAAUGUUCCGUCCUCAGUGCUUUCCAGCGUGCCAAGCUGUGAAGGGAUUACGCUGCGCAGAGGCGCGAGAUGCAGAUGUGCCCUACUUUGGAUAUCCCUGCAUUGAAUGUCUGAGGAGCUCCAGCUGAUCCUGAGCCAUGUCGCAGAUGUUGCACAUAGAGAUUCCCAACUUCGGGAACACCGUUCUGGGCUGCCUGAACGAGCAGCGGCUGCUGGGGCUGUACUGCGAUGUCUCCAUCGUGGUGAAGGGCCAAGCCUUCAAGGCUCACCGGGCGGUGCUGGCCGCCAGCAGCCUCUACUUCCGAGACUUGUUCAGUGGGAACAGCAAAAACGCCUUCGAGCUGCCGGGGACGGUGCCCCCCGCUUGCUUCCAGCAGAUCCUCUCCUUUUGCUACACCGGCAAGCUCACCAUGGCUGCGAGCGAGCAGCUGGUGGUGAUGUACACGGCGGGCUUCCUGCAGAUCCAGCACAUCGUGGAGAAAGGGACAGACUUGAUGUUCAAGGUGAGCUCUCCCCACUGUGACUCUCAGACCGCCAUGAUCGAAGACCCCAGCUCGGAGCCGCAGAGCCCCUGCAACCAGCUGCAGUCGGCCUCGGCGCCCUACGUCAUGUCCCCCUCCAUGCCCAUCCCGCUCCUCACCCGCGUCAAGCACGAGAACCUGGAGCUGCAGGCGGCCGCCGUGCCCGGCUUGGCAGCCAAGCGGCCCCUCGAGCCGGCCGCCCGGGACGGCGCGGGAGGCGGUGGCCCCGCCGCCGGCCCGCUGAAGCUGUCCCGCGUCUCCUACUACGGGGUGCCCAACCUGGCCACCCUCCUGCCCAACGUGCAGCAGGUGCAGUACUCGCAGGGGGAGCGGACCAGCCCCGGCGCCAGCAGCAUUCCCACCACUGACAGCCCCACGUCCUACCACAACGAGGAGGACGAGGAAGACGACGAGGCGUACGACACCAUGGUGGAGGAGCAGUACGGGCAGAUGUACAUCAAGUCCUCGGGAGGCUACUCUGUUGCUCAAGAAAAGCCAGAGCAGAUCCCGCUGGAGAACCGCUCCUGUGUCCUCAUACGCCGGGAUUUAGUUGCUCUCCCAGCCAGUCUUAUCAGUCAAAUUGGAUACCGCUGCCACCCAAAACUCUACUCAGAGGGAGAUCCUGGAGAGAAACUCGAGCUCGUUGCAGGCUCAGGUGUUUACAUCACGCGGGGGCAGCUGAUGAAUUGCCACUUAUGUGCCGGUGUCAAACACAAGGUCCUCCUGAGACGUCUUCUGGCCACGUUCUUUGAUCGGAACACCCUUGCCAAUAGCUGCGGAACUGGAAUCCGGUCCUCCACCAGCGACCCUAGCAGGAAGCCCCUGGACAGCAGGGUCCUUAAUGCAGUGAAAUUGUAUUGUCAGAAUUUUGCCCCGAGCUUUAAGGAAAGCGAGAUGAAUGUUAUAGCGGCCGAUAUGUGCACCAACGCCCGCCGGGUCCGCAAGCGCUGGCUCCCGAAGAUUAAGUCCAUGCUGCCGGAGGGGAUGGAGAUGUACCGCACGGUCAUGGGCUCCACCACAAACAGUGUCCCCCUGGAUCCCGAAUUCCAGCCCAACUCUGCUCAGGUCUUUGAGCAGCGAAUCUAUGCAGAAAGGAGGAGCGAUUCAGGAACUAUAGUAGCUCUGAGAACUAACACGGUGAACGUAGAUCUAAGCAAUGGAUCCAGCCAGUCCUUUGAACAGAGCGAGGAUGCCGAAGGGGCUGGCUCUGUUAUACAAGAGGCAGCUGCCACAGAUGCUAUGGCAUCGGAUACCCAAAGCACUCCGCAACCUUUUGAACAAGGUUCUGGCUCCUCCAGCCGGCCCGAAACUCCGGUGAGAAGACAAGAUGGUACUUACGGAGGGACUUUAUAAAGAGAGCAAACGUUUUGUGACCUAUAAGGGAUCUGUAAUACUAAAGCUGCUUGCAUGCAUUACUAAUACAAAACAAAAAUGUGAUCAAGCCACUUACCUACUGAACUGCUACUGUUGCCUGAAAAAAAUGUGAUUUUUAUUCUGCUUGUAUUUAAAAUUUAUGAAGGAAAUAAUCGCAUUCGUUAUACUGUAAACGACUAGGUCUGUGGCGACCUACUUAAAAAAAGAAAAAACUAUUGGGCUCCUUUUUUGAUAUUCCUGAGGUUAGUCUAUAAGAUUGUAGCUUUUUCCUUUUUUUUUUCCUUUUUUUUUUUUUUUUUAAGAAGGGGAGGAGAAAAGCUAGACACCCCCCCAACCACCCCCGCCAUCACCACCCCAUCCAUUACUCAGCUCAGAAGUAAAGCCAUCGUUAACCUUUUCCUUGAAAAGAGAGUUUCACCGUCGCUUCACAGGAAAGCAAGAUGUGUUAGGGUACGAGUGGUUUGACUGGCAAGGAUUUUCUCUCGCGGAACGGCUCUAGCCAAGUGGCACAGGGUGGGGGAAAUUGUUCAACGCUUCUGUCGGUGGAAGGUCGGCGAAGGACCCGGCGCAGGGAGCGGGGGCUGCCCCCGCGUCCAGGCGUGCGUGCAGGGAGGAUGCGUGGGCUGCAGGCUGAGCCCUGCCCUUUUUCCUUUGGUGUUGUUUCUCGAUGCGGCUGGGUUCUGGGUUUCGUUCCUCUCGCUCUCCCGCCCCGAGCGGCUUCUUGUCUGCUUCUCCUUGCUCGGCGCCCCAUGGGGGGGCUGCCAAAGCCGCGUCCUUUGGUGGCUGCCGUAGGCUGGGACCUUGCUGGGGCCAGCAGUCUGCUCUUCCGUCUUUAGCCGCAGUGUAUUGGGUACAAAAAGGGUCGUUUUGUGUAUUUUUUUUUUUUUUAAUUAGCUUUGUGCCCCUCCAUGAAGUGGUCACUGGGAGGAGGAGGCGUUUCGCCUCUGGCUCGUCCUCCAGACAGGCCCUCCUGGGAAGAAGCCCUGUGUGAUUUAUCCGCCUGCUUGUGGUUCAGAGCUGCUGUCCCCGGGCUGGGCUGCCUGCGGAUACCCAGCUGGGCGAGGACAGAUCCACGAGAGCACCCAGCCAUGCUGCGGGGCAUCCCCCGAGGGCUCUCGUUCCAUCGUCCCCAAAGCCACGGCUCGGUGCAGCCUUGCUGCCCGGCCCCAUACACCCCAGCUUGGGAUGGGGAAAUACGGGGUGCCUGUGGGCACCAGGCUCGUGCGUGAUGAUGCUGAGGAUGGGGGCAGCCAUGUGAAAGCCAAGUAUGGCUUUUUUUUUUAUUAUUAUUUUUUUUUUUUUACUGUGACUAACAGGCCUGCUUUAAAGGUAUUUACAGUUUGUCCUGUAAUAAGUGUGGAUCUCUGAACAAGUGCACAAAUAGUCACUUUUGAAGGCUCCUGUGGCUGUGUUCUUCUUUUCUUUCCUGCUUUGGUUCCUGAAUCCAGACAGCGCUUUGCUCAGGGUUUUCUUCCGUCUUUGUGUUUGAGUUAGGGAAGGGGAGGGGUGAGAGGCUGACCCAGCCUUUGGCCGCGUGUUUUGUUUUCUUCGAUACUUGAAGCUGUUUUUUUGCAUCGUGAUAACGAAGCUGUCCGGCACUUCGUGCGUUCCACUGCUCUUUGCCCUCAGACAAAUGAACGCCGGGCUCCUCUCUGCCUCCCCCUCGCCCCGCGGUGUGGCCGGGCUCGGGGGGCAGCCGGUGCCCCCGGCCCCGCGUGCGGAGCCGGGCGCGAUGCCGCAGGGCCACGGGACCGGCACAGCCCGGGCCUUGUUUGCACUUUACCCACGUCAAACGAAACGCCCGCGGCCGUGGGCAGCGGGUGGGCAGCGGGAAGGGUUCUCCUCCCCUUCGGCACUUUGGGGCUCCCGGGCGGCUCAAGGUGUCCUGGACCAAACCAGCUCCCAGACGGGCGUCCCCGGGGGACAGCGGCAGCAGUACUUGAAUGGCUUAGGACAGAGAAUCUGAAGAGAGUCGAGUUGCACAGUGAAAAUAUAUAUUUUUAUACCUAGCACAACUUCCUGUAUAUUUUUGGGGUUCUUUCUUUCAUUUUUUCUUUCUUUCUUUUUUUUUUCCUUUUUUUUUUUUUUUUGAUUUGGGUUUGUUUGUUUUAUUAAUUAUUAUUAUUAGGAAGGCAAACUUCUAAAAUGUGAAGGGCGUUGGGUUUUUCCUUAUCUGGUAGAUGAGGGCAAGCAUUUUGCACUAAUGUUUCCUGUGUGUGGAGGAUUAAUGAUAUGUUUGAAAAUGUUAUAUGGAUAAUGAUUGUAUUCUUCCGAAAAACAAAACAAAAAAAGUAACCCCUUUAAAAUACUGAAUGUAACAUGAGAACAGAGCAGUCCAUCGAUUGUAUGCGGCUUUCCUGAGUGCCUUAGAAUUUUUUGAUCAUUUUUUUCCAAGGAAAACAAAUUAAGAAAAUCAGAUCAUAACCGACUCCUUCCUCCUCUUUGUUUACGACACUAUAUUAAAUUAUAGAACUUGGGGCUGCUUUAUAAUGUGAAUAGGAAACUGCAUUCAUCUAGGUCUGAUAGUGUAAAAUCGAAGCAUCAGUAUUUAUGGUAUGUCUGCACCUUUAUUCCUAUGCUUGACUAUUAGCAAUAUUACAUGUAUAUUAUAUAUCUAAAGUUAUACCAAGCACCUUUAAAGAAAUUGCAGCGUGAGCGUACGAGCUCCGCGCAGCCGCCGUGGCGCGUGGCCGCCGGCCCCCGUCCCCCCCGUGGCACCGGGUCUCCCCGUGCCGUCCCUGUGCCGCCGCUUGCUGAAGGGCUGCAUGGCCUUCGGCCUCGCCGCCACGCUCCUCAUGCUUCGGCUGAUGCUUGGGGACGGUGCCCGCGGUGGCGGUGGCUCCGGUGCUGGUGGGCACGGGGGCGAUGACGGCGGGGCAGGGCCGGCUCGUGGGGUGCCUGGGAUGGGGGUCCCGUGGUCGUGGGGCUCGCCGCGCACCGCUUCACGCCUCCGAGCGCCGCAUCGCGGGCGUGGUGCUCUGCGAAGGACUGGCGGCGCCUGUCCUCGGCCGCUUUACUGCUAAGGUUUUGUUCGAUUGCUUAUUUUUAUGGAAAUAACUCGCUGCGAGUGGAGAAGGGUGUAUGGCCCAUUAACCAACUGAAAACUAAGAGACAAGCCCUGUUUGCCUCUGCCGGCAGUAAAUCCUAAACACAAAAUUGAGAGUUCAUAGCUGUCUUGGGCUCCAACUGCUGUUUCAAAGUGUUCCUGCUGUAUAAAUUUGUCAUUUUGUCAGCGAGCAAGCUGCAAACGUGCGUAUUACCCUGCCCGAGACAGCCGGGGCUUGCUGUAAGGUGGCUCUCAAAAUGAGGGAGUUUUGUAGAAAACAAGCAGAAAGUGCCCCAACAGCCGACAAACUGGAUCCGCGAAGUCGAGCGCGCUCGAAUUGGAAAAACCUUCAAGUGUUCUGACGAGUUUCUUCCACUGUAAGCGUUUUGCACACCAUUGUGAUUUUUAUGUCAAAAUAAAAGCCAAAACUUGCAAUACUAUUUUUAGCAGACAAAAAAAUAAAUAAAUAAAUAAAUAAACAACUAAGUAUAAAUGUAUAAAAUAUUUUUGACUUGAACAUUUGGAUGGCACUUGAUUCAAAUAGAACAUUAAUCCUUUGGACAGGAUGUUUGGGAAAAAGGACUUAAAAGUACAAGGUUGUUUUUAAAGCGUCUUCAUAGGGUAUUAAGUAGUACUGUAAUUCAUGACUGUUAAAAAUACUUUCUGUGCUGUAAGAAAAAUCUCACAGUACCACUGAAUUAUGUUUCUCAACUGUCUCAGCCACGAAAGAUGCUAGCUUUUUUUUUUUAUCGUGCAUUAUUCACUAGUAUUUAUGUGCUCUUACUCUGUAUAGUUAAGACUGUUAUUUUGUAGCCAUGGCUGACACGAUAUAUCAGUAACUAAAAAAAAGAAAAAGGAUUAAGGACCCCCCCCCAGUUGAAACUGUGCUCAUAGCUGUUUUCAUAUGAUGAAAAAUCCAUUAAAAAAAAAAAAAACAAACAACAAAAACGUGAUCAUUAAUUGUAAAACGCUUUGUAAAAUUCACAUUUACAAAAUAAUAAAGUAAAUUACAAUUAAAAGCC